ACCGUCCCCUCCGCUGGUCGCAGUAGCCGGUCGGGUCGUCUCGCGCGCGCGUCCUCGGAUCCGAUUUAAACCACCACCAUGUCGAGCAAAAAGGCCAAGACCAAGACCACCAAGAAGCGUCCCCAGCGGGCAACGUCCAAUGUGUUCGCCAUGUUUGACCAGUCCCAGAUCCAAGAGUUCAAAGAGGCCUUCAACAUGAUCGACCAGAACCGGGAUGGCUUCAUCGACAAGGAGGACUUGCAUGACAUGCUCGCCUCUCUAGGCAAGAACCCCACCGACGCCUACCUGGAUGCCAUGAUGAACGAGGCCCCAGGCCCCAUCAAUUUCACCAUGUUCCUCACCAUGUUUGGAGAAAAGCUGAAUGGCACUGAUCCCGAGGAUGUCAUCAGAAACGCCUUCGCUUGCUUCGACGAGGAAGCAACUGGCACCAUCCAGGAGGAUUACCUGCGGGAGCUGCUCACGACCAUGGGCGACCGGUUCACAGAUGAGGAGGUGGAUGAGCUGUACAGGGAAGCCCCCAUUGACAAGAAGGGCAACUUCAACUACAUCGAGUUCACACGCAUCCUCAAGCACGGCGCAAAGGACAAAGAUGACUGAAGAAGCUCACAGAAACCCCUGCUGCACCCACAGCUCCAUUUCUCAGACACGUCUCCCACUUGGUAGGACCUGCUGCAUGCCACUUAGUGUCACAGCUUUGCCUCUUUAUAAUGUAUUUAUUUCAGACCUUUCUGUCAUUUAUCACUUGUAUAAUCAGACUGGGAUGGGAACAAUGUUGUAAAUUGUACUGAAAAUGAGAUGCGAAUAAAAAUCAACAAAUGUGAAAGCCUGGGAAAAUACACCCGCAUAUCUGGUUUUGCUGGAUUUUUUACAUUUUUAUAUAAUAAAAAUGUUAUUUUGAAAUAAA